UCAUGCUGCUGCCAGGUCCAGAGUGUCUCAUGGGUCCCUGUACGGCCUCCCAUUGCUGCUGUCUCCAUCGUCACACUCUGCCAUGUGCCACUUUCAGGUCUCCUCACACUGCUGGUGGGUUCCAUUUUGUCAUAGGGUGCUGGCAGAUUACGGGCCUCCCAUUGCUGCUGCCAGGCCCGUAAUCUGCCAUGGGCCCCUAAAACCUACCGCCUCCUAAUGCUGCUGCCAGGUCCAGAGUGUCUCAUGGGUCCCUGUACGGCCUCCCAUUGCUGCUGUCUCCAUCGCCACACUCUGCCAUGUGCCACUUUCAGGUCUCCUCACACAACUGCUGGUGGGUUCCAUUUUU